GUUUUUUUUAAAAGAAGAUAUAUGAGUUACCCAUUUGGACUCUGUGCUAUUCCAAACAGGUCUCCUAAAUAAGGCUAUAGGUAACAGGUUUCAAGCUUGCUGUGAACAAUAGAUAGUGUUGUGCUACAACACAACUGCCUUCUUUGUUUCUUGUUUUGGUGUUCUGUCUUUCUUUCCUGUAGAUUUUGGCAGACUUGUUUCUGCUAAAAUUUUCUUCUCUUUUUCAGCUUAUAAGAAGUAAUUAUUCUGCCAUUGCAGGAUGGAUGGCCAAAGUGAGCUAACUUUCCUUAAUAAGGUGGUGUCAGUGGAAGUGUUGAUUGUUAUCUCAUUCCAGCUGAGCAUCUGCCAUGUGCUUCAAUGGGAUUUUUGUGAGAGUGUCAGAUAAACUCCACAGGCGAGAAUGAAGGGCACAGAAUAAUCCUGCUCAAGAAUGGAUUGCUCCCAGAGGGAAGAGAGCUUUGAAAGCUGCCAUCAUGGAAAAAGGUCUCAAAGGGGGGAUCUGUGACUUAGGAAUCUAUCAAUGAGAAAUGCUAACAGAACUACACACGGCUGGAACUUAAUCAUGUGUACAGAAAAAGUCCCUUAAAUAUCUGAAAGGUUCCAAAAGUUGUCUGAAAUGCUAACGAGGAAACUUCGUCACUGUACUAUCCUGCGGUUUAAGCCUCUUUGGGUGUUAGUUUGUACAGUUGGAAUCUGGUCUUAUAUUAUAGUUCAUCAGAAACCAACCUAUCAAGAUGAUGAGCAUUUGGAACUGACUGAUGAAUAUCCUAAUGCAGUAAACUGUUCCAAGAUACUGGAAGGUGACACAGCGGAAAUUCAAAAGGUAAAGCUUGAGCUGUUAACAGUCUCCUUUAGGAGAACCCCAAAAAUAACUCCAAACGACUAUAUCAACAUGACAAUUGAUUGCGCCUCCUUUAUUAAGAAGCGGAAAUAUAUUAUGGAACCUCUUAGCCAAGAAGAAGCAGAAUUUCCCAUUGCAUAUUCAAUAGUGGCUUAUCAUAAAAUUAAUAUGCUUGAGAGACUUCUGAGAACCAUAUAUGCUCCUCAGAACUAUUACUGCAUUCAUGUUGACAAAAAGUCCCCAGAGUCUUUCUUGGCAGCUGUAAAGGGGAUUGCAUCAUGUUUUCAUAAUGUCUUCAUUGCCAGCCAAUUGGAAAGUGUAGUGUAUGCAUCAUGGAGCCGGGUACAAGCUGACCUCAACUGCAUGAAGGAUCUCUAUAGGAGGAAUGUGAGCUGGAAGUACUUAAUCAAUCUCUGCGGUAUGGAUUUCCCAAUCAAGACCAAUCAAGAAAUAGUGGAGAAAUUGAAAGCCCUCAACGGUGAAAAUAGCUUAGAAACGGAAAAAAUGCCUUCAAACAAAGAGGUGAGGUGGAAGAAACAUCACGAAGUAAUUGAUGGCAAGAUAAAAAACACAGGGAUAGACAAACAGCACCCACCUCUCAACACACCCAUUUUCUCUGGAAGUGCCUAUUUUGUUGUUAGUAGGAGGUUUGUGGAAUAUAUAUUAGAGAAUAGCAAAAUUCUUGCUUUUAUAGAAUGGGCUAAAGACACAUACAGUCCUGAUGAAUACUUAUGGGCAACAAUUCAGCGAAUCCCUGAGGUUCCUGGUGCUGUCUCCGCCAGUGGCAAAUAUGAUGUUUCCGAUAUGAAUGCAGUUGCCCGGUUUGUGAAGUGGCACUACUUUGAGGGCGAUGUAUCCAAGGGUGCUCCUUACCCUCCUUGCAAUGGAGUUCACGUCCGUUCUGUAUGUGUCUUUGGAGUCGGAGACUUGAGUUGGAUGUUACGGAAACAUCAUUUCUUUGCCAACAAGUUUGAUACUGAUGUUGAUCCUUUUGCAAUUCAGUGUUUGGAAGAACAUUUACGAGACAAAAUGCUACAUCAACGCAGACACUAACAUGCUGGUGUUUUGUUUUUUUUUUAAUGGUACAUGUCUUCGUUAUUUGAUUAAAUUGGCAGAAAAGAGAUGGAGAAUAUGAAACCUCUUUUUUGUUUUUAAACAAAGCUUGUAGAGUGAUUAUCUAGCUGAUUAUGUCCCCUGAGUUUUCUUAAUUCUGUUUUUUUUUUU